GCCGUCCGUUGGCCCGGCAGCCGUUGGUGGCCGUUUGUGUUGGUGCCCCGUGCUCUUUUCUCUCUCACUCCUUAUGGAACGCAAUGCGUAACCUGUAUGGCUGUGCUCAAGUGCUGCCAGUGAGCUGUGUGAGUGGAAGCAAGGGUAUGUGGAAAAGACAUUAUUUGGUUUUCUUUAUAAUGGUUACCUAGAGGUUUUAUGAGGAUGGAGGUCAAGCUGGAUGUUCUCGUGUCUACAUCUAUCAAACAAAGGAAACCGUGGACUCGCAUCACCUGGAUUGGGCAGGAAAAAGAGGCUGUUUUUCUUCUAGAUGAUAAACACAUAAAUGAAAUUAAUCUUGCAUCAGGGAAGACAAAGAAGAAAAUUCCCCAGCUGCAGUCAUUGUUAAAAAAUGUAGUUGUCUUAACAACGUCAAUAAAUGGUGCUUGGCUGGCAGGAUUGCUUACAACAGGAGAGUUAUUUCUUUGGAAUAAAGACCAGGAUUGUUUAAAAUUAAUACCAGCAAUUGAAGAGGCUAGGAAGGUAGUUGCAGUAGCACAAGAGUGUUUGAUGAGAUUGUAUUUGUAUGUGUCUGAAGAUGGCAGAAGGGCGCUAUUAACUACUCCUACAGCAUGUGUCUUUUUGUGGGAGAGCACAGAAUAUGAAAACACACUCUCUUAUAAAAACUUUUCUGGGCGGUGGACUCAAAUUUUGCCAAGUGAAUCAGUCACAUUACCUUCUACUGAAGAAAAAGAAGUUGGAGUUCAUGCUACUUUCUUACAAAAUGAGGUGCUGGGUGAUUGCUGUUUGUGCUCAUUUGUGUUUUACUCUGGCGAGUGUUUGCUUUUAACAUUUUUGAUUCUUCGUUGGCAUGAAAAUGGCUUUAAAUAUGCCAGUUCUUUGCCAUACCAGAUCCACUGGGUACAGCAGACUUGUUCUCUUGUUAAUUUAGUGCCUCAAUGUGUAUCUAUAAAGUCAAGAGGAGCUUUGCUAUCUGCAUUUGCCAGAGAUGGUCUCUUUCUUGCAGUAGCUGUUAACCAAAUUGAUCCUAAGGCAACUCAAAUUUUGUUUUUAAACACCCUGAAUUUUUUAACUGUUUCGGGUAGUGUUAAAGGUUGCAGUAGCAAGAGCAGCACUAUCCCAUCCAAGUUUAUCAGGUCUUACUGGGUUGGUGACAUGAGUUGGACUCCUGAUAGCCUUUUCUUGGCUUGCAUGUUAAAACGUGGGUCUUUGAUUUUGUUGACUGGUAUGGGUGAAUUGCUGACCCUGAUUACUUCUGGCUGUUCUGUAGAAUUUGGACCAGCAGAGUUUAUUCCAAUUCAUCCACUAAUAACAUACAGGCAGCACAAUUCUUUGUGUCAAGACUCUAGUCAGACACUUGGAUCUUCAGCUUCUGAAAGUGAUCUUAUGAGACAGAGAUUUUCUGUUGCUUCUCACUCAAGAUUACCCUACCUCAUUGUCUCUGAUGGAUUCAUGAUAACAGUGCUGAGAUUUCAUAACAAUGUUUCACCAGUGGGAUUUUUAAGAUCCCUUUUGCUUGAUUCAACACAACGGCUUGAAAAUAUCCGUAGGAAUGUGAUGAACUCCCAGUCUAAAGGAAGACAUCUGUGUUUACGAUCCCUGUUGUCUUUAAAAGACAGCCUUUUAAAACACACGCAAAACCAUACCUCCUUCUUUUUCAAUGUUCCAAAAUUUCUGGAAGAGGACACAACAGAAACAAAUCAGAAAACCACAGACUUACUGGAUUAUGAAGAUGAAUCUGAUGAUGAAAAGCUGUUUCACAAUAGCUCUUCUAGCCUCUUCAGCCAAAGAGUCCAUUCUUUUGUUGAUAAAGCUGAUCAAGGCCACAUAGAAUUUGCAUCAAUGUUUGAUACUAUUCAUGCAAAAGACAAUACUGAAGAGAAAGACAAGUUACCAGCGGAACUGAAUUCUGUUCAGAGAAGUCUUCUUACUGCAUGGCAGAUAGGGAUUUCAAAAAAUAUUGAAGAAAGAGAUACUUUUCUGAAUUACACAAUAAGCUGCAUUACCCAUUAUUUCAACAUUCUUCAGUUUGUAGAAUGCUCUUCACUAAACCAGGAUGCAUUUUUAAAUAAAUCUGUGAAGAAUUCUCACUGGAUUCAUUGUGUUUUAAAGUACUUUCAGCUGUGUUUAAGUGUCUUGCACUGGCAUUCAAGAGCUGGUAUGACUGGGCAUGUGGCAAAGCUGACAUUACAAACACUAAAACUUAUGCUUGUUCAGAAACAAGAUCAGUUGUUCUCAAAAAAUCUUUUGGCAUGCUUCUGUCUUUUGAAGAUGGUUUCUCAUACUCUAAGUAGCACUUGCAUUCCACAGUAUGAGAACUUGUUUGCAUCUCCUGGUGUUAAUAGUCUUGUGGAGCUUGAUUCAUUCAUUGUGCCUAUAUUCCUAUUUCUGGAUGAGAGUGCAACUCAGGAAUUCAGCUCACUGAAAUCUCUGCUUAGAGAGCUUCCUCAAGCACUGAACUGUGAUGAAAAAACAGAAAAAAGGUUGAUUGUCCUAUGGCGGUUCUUGUAUAAAAGAGUGGUUUCUUAUUGGAUCCAACUGAACAAAAAUGCGUACAAGAAUACAGAAGAAGAGACUGUUGUCUCAUUGCUUUUAAGCCAUAUACAAGCAACUCUUCAGUCUUCAGGAGUGCUAUUAGAACAACACUUCAAGAUUAAUUCUAUAGCUGGUGAGGAGAAAUUCCUUUUAGGCUCAUACAGAGAAUCUGUGGAUGUUUGGAAAAGGUGUCUUUGUGAAAUCAAGGCAAAGGGAGGGAGAAGAGCAUGUUUUCUUCAGAGUAGAUAUUACCUCGCUAUAUUAUUUUGCCACCUAUAUCAUUAUAACUUAUGUGAGGCUCAAGGACUCUGUGAUCAUCUGGUAGGAGAGAUUCUAAGGCGAUCACAGCUAUCAGUGAGUCAGAUGGAAAAUUUUUCUGACACUAAGUAUUCUCAGCAUGAACUGUGGAUGAUAACAAACGUUCAUACUGAAACUGCUAUGGCUGUGAUUCGGUCCAUGGCUCGGUUCAUGGCUGCUUAUUUCACAAAUCAGCUGCUCUAUAUCUUUCCCCCACACAGUGUUGAUAUCCUACAUCCACUUCAUAUCAAACCAGAUGUAUCUCCUCGUAUUAUUCCACUGCAACGCCAUCUGGUUACGAGAGCUGUCAGAGACCAGAACCUUUCAUCUGUGUGGACAGUAGAAUAUGCUCUUGAUUUGUUCUUUGUUGGGGGACUCAUGCCAGAGGCUGUGUGGUUAACACACAGACUUGGUGACUGGAAACUCUCAGUCUCGAUUGGUGUGGCCUACGCUCUGUAUUGUCAGAACUCCGAUGAAUUCACAAGAACUGUUGCUUGCUAUGCUUCCAGACUGAAAAUCACAGAGCAUCAUCUGCCAUUAAACUUGUCACCUGUGCAGACUUUUCAGGAAAAACUACAGUCUUUGCUAGGGCAACCAGCUACUUCUGAAACAACAACUGAAGAAUAUAUUAAAUACAAGCAGUUUACAGAUCCAAUUGAAGAAGAAGAUGCAGAUGUCCUUUAUAGUUCAGUACAAGAACUACUGAAAGCUGCUGUUAUGGCAGAUGCUGAUAUUCUGUCAGAGACAUUUCAGCUUUUGAUAGAUUCUGUAAAGGAUCUUAGUAGAAAAUUUUGUGGUCUAAUUCCAGAUGGGCUUUAUCUACCAGCACCACCGCUAUACUGUCCUCAGCCAGCUUCUCUCAGUGAAGUGAGUGAAGACUGCAAUGACAUUGCUUUAAAAACUGAGAGAGAAAAUCGUCAGAAAGUAUCAGGAGUUCUUCAGCGAAUUAUCUUGCUCUUCCGGGCCACUUGUUGCUCCUUUCCUGCAGCACAGUGGUAUAUUUCACAGCUGAAGUGGGGCAGAAAAAUUAUGCAAAAAAUUCGAAUGAAAGGAUCUCUUCCUUCACUGAGCCCAUUCCCAGAGACUUUGCUUCGUUACUGCAAUUUCCAUACUGCUUUCUGGUCUGAAUCUACAUCUUCUGGAGACCAUCAACUUGAUGAUAUUUCCUGUAAAAUUUUAGGUUGGUUCAGAGAGCUGUGUGCGUUGUGUUGGAUGUUUCAUGUUCGUGAAAGAUUAUCUGACAGUUGUAGGCGGUACCAAGCUGCAAGGGAGAAUGCAAACAGCCAUAAGGAUCUUAAGAAGAAUGAAUAUGAUGCCUCCACAGUUGAGCAUUGUCUGAAUGCAGCAGAAUGGGCUUGCAGAAUGCUUCCUUUCUGCAGGUUCAUGAAUGUUGAAGAGUUAAUUCAAGAUGUAAUUCUGAGCCUGCUUGGAGAACUGCCACCAGUCAAAAAGGUGGCAGAAAUUUUUGUUAAAGCUUUUCCUAAUCCUGAAGAUGUGAGAGUUCCACUAAAAGAUAAAUAUCAUAGUCUUCAGCAGCGAUUCAGACACUGUACUGUUCAAGGUCCUGAAAGUGAAGAAACGAUGUCUGUUGUCAUACAGGCUAUGGAAAAAGCUAGAAUGAAGAACUUGAGACUUGUAAUAAGGAAUAUAGGCCCUAUAGAAAUUAAUGUUUGGGAGCCAGCAGAAGAAGGAGCAGAUUAUCAGGAGGAACACUGUUAUGACAAUGUCUCACUAGGCACUAGUAUAAGCAGAAGCACACUUACUGAUCUUGGAAAUCCUCAAUUGCAUAGUGAGGCUGAAACAGUAGAUACACUUUCUGAUGCUUUGCUUGCUGAAGAGACAAGAGUUCAAACACCUUUACCUCAAAGGGAAAAAGAAUAUCAGAGACAAGGAGAGAUAGGUAGCAAAAAUGCUACCUGCAAGACAAGAGCUCUUUCUUGGAAAACAGAACAUAUGGAGAAAGCGUGUAGAAAGGAUACACAGAAUCAGUGUAAUUUGCCUAUAGUUGGUGCAUGGGAAUUUGAACGUGAUGAUGAAGAGUAUGUUAAUUUCUUAGAGCUGUUUCUGAGCUAUGUUCUUGAGAGAGAUCUGGUCAAGUACAGUGACCUCAGAAUUCCAUUUCUUACUAGCUUUUCUGGACUUCUUCGAAAGCAUGAAUUAAACUCUCUCUUUUUUGAUAUUCAUACAACGCUAAAACGUCGACAAGCCAAAACAAGAAGCCGAAGUGUGUUUAGAGCAGGGUCUUGCUAUACUGUCACCCUGACAUCCUACAAUCCUGAAACAGUUUCUGUCCAUAGUGUAAACCAAAAUGUUCUGGAAAAUCCAAACAUUGUACAGUCCACUGUAAAAACAACAGAACCUUCUGUGCAUAACUCAAUCAAAGAACUUAAAGAAGGAUUAUUUGGUUUAAAACGCAAGUCAAUUUACAGAGCUCAGAGUGACAGUCAAGGGGUAACUGUUGCAUCACCAAGCCAGACUGUUCCUAAAGAUGCUUCCUGUACACUACAGACUCUGGAAACUGCUAAAUACGUGUACAAAACAACUCAUUUCCCUGAUACUGUACCAGGAGAAGAACUAGCAAUAGAACUGACGGGUAAAUUUAGCAAUAUUGGAAGAUUACUUGAGUGGAUGAUCAGAUGGUCUGACAGGAGACUGCUGCGUGGUUCCAAGAAACAAGAUUCCAUAGAUGAAAGUCUUCCAAUGAUGCAUGUGAAGACGUCAGCAGCUGCUGUCCUUACUUCCUUAUGGCUGUUAGAACAGUUAUGCAAAGAUGGAACACAAGCAAGGAGUGUAACAUUUAAGAAUCCAAGUAAUCAAUGUCUGAAAGAGUCUACAUCUCUAUCAGAAGCACAGCCUAGGACCAAGAGAGAAUGCGGAGUAGAUGAAGGCACUUCAGCAAAUCCUCCAGCUGAUGUCCAUAGCAUACAAGCCUAUGACUACCUUUGUGAAAACAGUUUGGGAAUAUCUACAAAAUCAAAAUAUUUUGAUAAGAAGGAAAUAAAACACGGGAAUUGUUAUCUGCCUCAUGUGACUGAAGAUCUUAAUAAAGUUGAGCCAUUUCUUCAGGAGGAGUUAGACAUAACAUCAGAAAGUGAAGAGUUCUUUGAGGAACCAUUUGAAACUCCAAAGAGCUCCAAUAGUUCUGUCAGGAUCAAACCUGGAAAGGACAUCUCCAGUUCAGCUGUAGAUAGUCCACAAGGAGACCAAACGGUGAAAAAAGCAAAGGAAAGAAAGGCCGAACAGAAUGUGAAUGCGGAUUGGGAUCAUAAUAUUAUGCUAAGCGUGACCGAGGUUGCAACUAGCACCAUUUCUCAGUCGUUCUCUUUAGAACAAAAUUCUGAGGUUCCCAGUAACAUAGAGAUUUCUGUUAGUCACGGUCAGCCUUCCCUUGCUGCUGUGUCAAGUAUAUCAAGUGUUAUCUCCAGUACUUCAAUUUGUGCAAAAAAGGAAGACAUCAACAAAGAGGUCCCAACAGAAGAGAAACUGAACACAUCAGAAACUGUCAGACAGAUGCUCCAAGAUGAAAUGUUUAAGUUAGUUCAGCUACAGCAAAUCAACUUCAUGAGUUUAAUGCAAAUAGUGCAGUCAUCAUUUGCCAACCUGCCAAAUGUGCAACAAACUUUGCAACAGUAUCAAUCUGCUCACCUGGAAGGAAUCCAGCCUGUGCCCCCAGCAGAAGGCAAUGGCUCCGGAAGACCUUCAUGUUCUGCAGGUGCUUCUCUGAAAACACAGCUGCCCACUGGAGACAAUAGAGGCAAAUAUGAUCAAAAGAGCUCAGAUUUUCAACCAACAAAUAGUUUAAGAGAUGAGGGCAACGAUGUCCAUAUAGAAAAUCAUCAGAAUGUUUCUUUAAGCUUACUAGAAAGCCACAACAGAGAGACAGGAUUUAUGCCAUCAUCACAAGAUUUGCAUUCUUCGGCACCCGUUAAACCAUUUCAUCUCCUAGCUCCUUCCUCAGAUGUUCAGAAAGCACCCAAGUUUAUCCCUGUUGAAAAAAACACAAAUUUCUCAGAUGGAUUUCCUUUGCUUAAGCUUGAAUCAGGUUAUCAUUCCAAACCAGCAUUUUUACAUCCAAUAGAAAUGUCAUCAGCUUUUGCAAGACCACCUCCAAUACCACGAGUAGCUUGGAAUUCAUCAGAUUCUUUAUGGAACCAUCAGUCAUCAUACAAAGAAAGAAGGAGUAAGUCUACAGCACAUUUGAACAUGAGUAGAUACAAACCUGAGAUCUCAAGAAAAAUGCAAGAGGAAGAGAAAAGAUGGGCAGAAACUGUGCAUAAGCCACCUUCCAAACACCGAUGUUCAGGUCAGUAUGAAGAACGAGAAGUUUCACUUGAGGAGCAGUUCUCUGGUAAUGUGAAAAUGGACAGUACAGUGACCACCAGCAACGUGGCUGGUAUUCCUCUUCUGCACUUGAAUCUUGAUCCAGUAUCUAAGCUUCCACCAGUUAUACGACAGACAAUCUCCACUGCUUUAAUACCUGUUAAACCUGUAACAAAAGAGACUGACUGCAGAGAAACACUACAGCACACAGGAAUAUCACUGCUGCAUGCCAAUUUACCUCAACAAAAGAAGGUGCCAAAAUUUAUUCCACCUCAAGAUCUCAUUGCAUUUGAGCAAUACUGCUACCAUCAUACUGUGGCCAGUACUUCCUUUGGGCAGGACCAAACUAAGCCUAUCCAAUUGCUAAAAACUGAUUUAAAACCAUUUGAACCAAGAGGUGUGCAGAACAGUACAAAAAGACAGAAGAGGCGUGAUAGAAAACAAAUGAAAGAGGAAUUGGAAAAGGAGAAACGAAGUGUGUCUUUCUGCCCAGAUGAUUCCAUCAUCAAUAUUAGUGACACAGUGAUGGCUGUUGAACCAAAAACGGAUCCAGAAACAAAAUGCACCUCUUACCUGCAAGAUAAUUCUUUCAUUUCCAUGGACAAAGCAGCAGAGGCAGUUACUACUCCAGAUCUACAUUACAUGGCUUCUACAAGCAAAAAAAUAGCAGAAACUCAAGAUGCAAGUACAAACACUCACCCAGUGCCCAAAUCAUAUAAGGAUAUUGGAAUCAGUACUGAAAUUGAGAUUUCUGACCUUGGAAAAAAUGAGUCAGAUAUGUCUGUUCCUGUGUCGGAAUCAUCUAGUGUCCCUAAAUUAUCAUCACCCGACAUGUAUUUAAACCUGAGAUUCUCCAGUGAAGUGAAGGAGAGAAUUCUACCAUCAACUUUGUCUGAUGUACCUGAUUUGAGUGAACAUAAAUAUGUCAGUGUGACUGACAUUGAAGACAAUGACAUCCUUAAUGAUUUACCGAUGAUACCUGAGUCAGCAGAUGAAAUAGUUACUACAGAGCAAAAUGAGAAGUUUGAAAUUCCAUCUACUGCAGAACUUCAUCACGUGGCAGCUUCUGUUACUAAUGCAAUUCCAUCUGAGCUGCUUCUGAAGAAAGACAAUCAUCUCAAAGAUGUAUCAAGCCAAAAGCAAAAGGAGCAUACAGAGACAGGUUCUCCUAGAGAAAGUGUAACUUGGGACAUAGAACUUGAAGAUGCAAGAGCUUUCCCUUCUACGAGGCUGAUGUCAAAAGUAAUUGACAAAGAAUACUUAUCCACAAAGCAUCAGGAAAUAGAUAUGCAAUUACGUAUGCUGCAGAGUAUAACAAAAAAUAUGGAGGAGGAUUUCAGAAAUACCAGACAGCUCGUGCAAAUAAUAGAAGAUUUGGAAAUGGAUGCCAAUUCAGACUCUCAUGAUCCUCUUUCAUUCUCUGAAGAUUCUAGAGUCAUGGAUGAUGGCUUUCAUUUAAAUGGCAAACUAAGUGAGAGUUCUGUAGAAGAUCCCCUGCAAAUCACUGGUUUGAGUGAUGUUACUGACAUCAUUAGAAAUCUUGUAACAGAAGGUGGCAUCUCUCCGAUGGAGCUGGGCUUUCCGAAAACACAGGCUAAGAAAUUCUCUAGGAUUCUUGAUUCUGCUUUCAGAUACUCUCAAAAAACAGAAAAGGAGAAAAAAGAGAUACGAGCAUGGAUGAAAAGAAAACAAAAGGAAAGAAUGAGAGAAUAUAUGAAGAAAGUGGAUGAACAAAGACAGAAAGAACAUAAUCCAUUUAAUUUCAAAAAGUAUACGCAUUGUCGUCUUACUUCAAAGGAUAUUCAAUUACUCAAGAAAAAGAAAGAAGAAAAAGACAAACGCCUGUAUGCUGAACAUCACAGGAUGAGAGUAUCACAGGCACUUUCUCUGAUGAAUGAAAUGUUAUCUGAAUCAGUGAUGUUACCUGCAAGUGAGCACAGGCCGUGGUCCAGGGCAAGAUCACCUCAGGAGUGCAGAAAACAUCACAUUGUGUCUACUAAAGGAGGGCAUCCAAACAAUCGUGUGAUGUCAGAAAGGAGCAGAACUGCUGUCAGACCCCGCUUUGGCCAAAAAGGACAUCAUUUCACUCCAGCUCUUGGCUCAGCACAAUCCAAAGCUGCUGAGUACAGAAUGAGCAGAGUAUCAGAACAAAAGUAUCCAGCUGUUUCUACAGCAUUUGAGACAGAAGGUUUUGAUCAUGAGACUGGUCGAGAUGUAGAAAGUCCUUGGACUGUGCCUGAUGAUAUCCAGAGAUUACUUGAAGAUUCUCAUGACACCUUGUUUCAGGACUCUGCACCUCUUAGUUUCUCUCCUGUUGUCAAUCAUGAGACUGAUCGCAUUUCUGAAAGCACAGGAAGUAUCCUCAGCAGAUUGGACUGGAAUGCAAUCGAGGCUAUGAUAGCUGAUGUGGAAGACACUUGAACAGAAUUUCUCAGUGAUUGUGCACUAUUGAAACAGCUUCUGUUGUUCAGUCUCAUUUUUUUAAUUAAUCACAGUUCUACUUAAAAUGCAUUGAGGCUUUUAUUGGUUAUCUUCUUACGCAGCACAAAAACCUCUCACUGAUGAAGUCUUUCCUGGAUGAUAUUAAAUUCCUCAAAUGAAGGUUUGCUUUUCAUAUGUCUUAAGUCUUUAAGAACUAAAUGAUGUUGGUGAGUGCAGACUAGCAAUCUUAAUCAAGAAUUUCUGGGUCAUCUAUUUUGCCCCUCUCAAACACCUAAAAAGUUCUGUUCUAUUUUAAGAGCACUGCACAACUGUUUUACCUUUGUAUUUAAAAUAUAAAGUCAUUAUUGACAAUGUUAAUUUUGUAACUUAUAACAAUUUUUAACUUGAUUUAAUAAAAAUGAGUUUAUUCGUU